CGAGACGCCGCGGCCGGGAGCAGGAAGCGGCGCAGGCCUGCGGAGAGGACGCGGGCGGCCGGGACCCUGAGCGCGGGACUUCGCGGCUGGAUCCCACCGGGCGCGGGCAGCGGAGCCGGGCGUGCUGCAGUUGGCUGCCCCCUCUCCGCAGGGGCGCCGCGGCGCGCAGCCCGCGCCUCUCCGCACCUGCAGCCCCUCCUCCCGCCGCUGCCUGGCGGAGAAAACGCGCCUCCUUGCCCUUCCCAGGCCUCCUUGGAUUCCCCCGUCCCCUUUCCCCGCUCCACCUCUUCCCUCCUUGGCCUCCGCGCCUCCCCUCCCCCGACUCUCCGGCCUCCCAUUCAUUCCAUCAGCUCCUUCCCAUUGCCUCCUUUCCGCUCGGUCCCUGUCUCCAGAGCCUCCCCGCGUGGACCCCGCUGCAGUGUCGGGGUUCUCAGCACAUUUAUGGAAGUUUAGGGCCUGGACAGUGGCCCCGAGUCCGGCCUAAGAGCGCAGCCUGGGCUGCUUGCUGGGAAGAGAAGAUGUCUAUGCUCAGGCGGAUGAUGCGGGUUUCCAAUCGCUCCCUUCUCGCCUUCAUCUUCUUCUUCUCCCUCUCUUCGUCUUGUCUGUACUUCAUCUAUGUGGCUCCGGGUAUCGCCAACACAUAUCUCUUUAUGGUACAAGCUCGAGGUAUAAUGUUGAGAGAAAAUGUGAAAACAAUAGGUCAUAUGAUCAGACUAUACACGAAUAAAAACAGUACGCUCAACGGUACAGAUUAUCCUGAAGGCAAUAAUUCAAGUGAUUAUCUUGUUCAAACAACAACGUAUCUUCCGGAAAACUUCACGUAUUUACCAUACCUCCCCUGUCCAGAAAAACUGCCUUACAUGCGAGGAUUCCUCAAUGUCAAUGUAAGUGAAGUCAGUUUUGAUGAAAUUCAUCAGCUCUUCUCCAAGGAUUUAGAUAUCGAGCCAGGGGGUCAUUGGAGGCCAAAAGACUGUAAACCCAGAUGGAAGGUGGCAGUUCUCAUUCCUUUCCGUAAUCGCCAUGAACAUCUUCCAAUUUUUUUCUUACAUCUGAUUCCAAUGCUCCAGAAACAAAGACUGGAAUUUGCCUUUUAUGUCAUUGAACAGACUGGCACACAACCUUUUAAUCGUGCGAUGCUCUUCAAUGUGGGCUUCAAAGAGGCCAUGAAAGACAGUAUCUGGGACUGUGUAAUCUUCCACGAUGUGGAUCAUCUACCUGAAAAUGACCGGAACUAUUACGGAUGUGGAGAAAUGCCACGUCAUUUUGCUGCAAAGCUGGAUAAAUAUAUGUAUAUUCUUCCAUAUAAAGAGUUUUUUGGUGGUGUAAGUGGGCUGACAGUGGAACAAUUUAGAAAGAUCAAUGGUUUUCCUAAUGCCUUCUGGGGAUGGGGAGGAGAAGAUGAUGACCUUUGGAACAGAGUUCACUAUGCUGGAUAUAAUGUAACCAGACCAGAGGGAGACUUAGGAAAAUACAAGUCAAUUCCUCAUCACCAUAGAGGUGAAGUCCAGUUUUUAGGACGGUAUAAACUACUAAGGUAUUCCAAGGAGCGUCAGUACAUCGAUGGGUUGAACAAUUUAAUAUAUAGGCCAAAAAUACUGGUUGAUAGGUUGUAUACAAACAUAUCUGUAAACCUCAUGCCAGAGUUAGCUCCAAUUGAAGACUAUUAAAAGAAGUGGCUCUCCUGGCAAUAUAGACCACAAUGCUGGAUCAUAAAUUUGGAAUGCACUCUUAGUGGAGGUCCAUGAUUGGCUGUGUCACAGUGCCCUUUUUUCUGAGAAGAGCCAUCUGUCCUCAAUGUUUACAGAGUGGGACUAUAUACAGUCACCCUUCUCUCACCCGUCCUCCCUGCUCUGACACAUACCCACAAGGUGAGCACCGCAGAAACCAGAAGCCACUCCUUAAGAUUGGAAGUUAAGAGAGCUCCCUACGAAGAGAAAAUUUUUAUACUAAAAUCUAUAAUUUAAUUCAAGAGAAUGCUUUUAUUUCCAUUUAAACAUAUUUUGUAUAUAUGUGAUACAAAUUAAUGUGUGCAAAUUGUUAAAAAAUAAGAUGCGUUGCAAUUUUGCAUGUAAUUCGUUAUAUCUUUAUUGGACUUUUAUAGACAUUUUUUAUUUGCAUGAAAGAAACCUCACUAAAUUUAUGCCACUAAACAAAGGUUAACCCUUGUGUGAAAUGAAGGAACUGUCAAUAAUUGACAGCCAACUAAUACAGUAAACUGUUAUACUAGUUUUGAGCUUUAGACCUCAGCCUUUUGUGUGGAAGAAGUCACAGCUUUCUUAGGCUUUAAAGAGAAAGAAGAAAGGACUUCAACAGCUUUUCUUCCUACCAGGAUUACCUAUGUUUUUCCUUGCUUGCAAUCUCGUCUGAUUUUGCUAGAAAUCACAACCAUAUUGUUUAUGCAUAUUGCAUGAGUAUUACCAAGAAAAUCUUAAAAGUUGUGAUGUGUCAUGAUAUAAAGGACUUCUUUAUGUUAAAUGUCUUUCAUGUACCUCUGGUGUGUCAGGGAUUUUGUGCCUCAAAAAAUGUUUCCAAGGUUGUGUGUUUAUACUGUGUAUUUUUUUUAAAUUCACAGUGAACAGCACUUUUAUUAUUUCCAGUUUAGAAGAGCCAAAAAAUGUAUCUUCAUUUAAAAAGAAGUCAAGUCAGUUUUUUUUUAAAAGAAUGAUCUAUGGAAGAAAACCCAAUAGUGCUUAUAAUAUACAAAUGAAUUAUACUAUUAGAUAAGAAUUAAAUGUUCUAUUUUUAUGAAGAUAAAUACUUAGCAGAUAAAAGCAAAUUUUAAGUUUAGUUGUCAGACAUAGAAUUUCGCUUUUGGAGGGGACCCUUGAAUGUUAGUGAACUAUAUAUAUAUUUUUUUCACUUUUAAGAGAUUAUAUAUCUGGUGUUAAUUACUAAAAUUUCCUUUCUAAAAGUAUAAUAUAAUAAUCUUAAAAUACAUGGUCAGUUAUUAAGUGCACUGAUACUAUAAUGUCUUCUAUAUGUAGUAUCUUGUAUGUUUCCAUGAGUGUCAGGGCUUUGUCCAGUUAUCUUCAUAUGACAGUUCUCUGAAAAAGGUCUUACUACCUGAUACCAAGUACAUAUCUUAAUUUUGGAUGAAGUUUUCCACAGCAAAGCCAAACAGUAUUCUUUUUUGAAAAUUAGCAAUUAUAAAGAUUCUUUAAAAUAUCUUGAUAUUUUCACAAAUUUAAAAUAAGAAAAUAAAAUGACUCUUCAACAGCAGUAGGAAUCUAUAUGUGAGACAUGUUUGUAUAAUGUUUGCCUCAAAGAUUGUUUACCUGAAACAGAACUAUGGUUAUUUAUCUCAGAUUAUAAGUUUUACUUUGAAUGGCAAUAUUGAUAAUACAAAUGACCACAAAAUAAAUUAUAAAAUAAUUGAAAUUCUUAUACACUUUGAGAAAAUGGAUAGCUUCUCUGUUAUGAUACCCAACAAAAUAUUUUCAUAUUUAUUUAUUAGAAAUAUUUCCAAAAUAUUUAUCUUUUAUGGUACUCAAUAAUGAAAAAUCAAACUUUCUGAAAAUUACAAUAUUUGUACCUUAUUUGUGUAUCGGUUCAUUUUCUUGUGUCUAUUACUAAUAUAGUUUUAAAAGUCAAACUGGGAAUGUUAACAUUUGUAGAUCACUAAUAUGAUAGGGGCAUAAUUAACCCAAUAAUACCGAAAUAGUGGUGGGGAAAAUUAGGACUGUUUCUGAGUCUUACUAUAAAGGAAACACUGUUUUCUCUUUUUAAUGUGGAGCUGUCCACAUUGGUAUCUUUUUAUUUUUAUAUGCAUUUUACAGUUUCAAGGAAAUUUAGUACUACUAGUAUCUGCCUUAUUUUCUUAAGUCUGAUGUUAAUUUUUGUUUCAGGAGUGAGAUAUAAACAUUUUGCUUUUUUUCCGUUUUGAAUAUGGUUUGUUAUCCUGUGAAAACCCUCACUAGUUUGCUGUUUGUUUGGUUUGCUUUUUUAGUGUAGACCUAAAAUUAUUUUUGCCUAUAAACAGUGACCUUAAUGUGUUUCUGUAAGAUUGACAGAGCUGUGCCCAGUUAUCUCCAUUGUAUGACAGUAAAUCUAUUACAUAAAGAUUAACAAAUACAUUGCAAAUGCAAACUAUCUUCUUUAUAUUAUGUUUCGAGGAUUUAUUAAUGAGCAUAUAUUGAUUGCUUUUUCCAUAUCCGUGCAAUGCUAGGUAUGUCUAUGGAAAGAGUAUUAUUCAUUUCUAAACAAAUGAAAUCAAGCAAAUUGAGAUCUUUCUGAAAUUAUGAAGACAUCCUCCGAUAACUUAUCUGUUGUAUUUCCUAGUCUCGAAGUCAAGAAACCUGUAUAUGUGGACCUGGGGCUAAUAAGAGGUCCCUAUGGCACUAACUGGGAAAAUUACAUGGUGCUUUUCAGCUACAGAAGGAAGUAAUGAUUAAUGAGCCUGUCUGUAGAGAACAAAAGGGGAAGAGUGCGCAUUUGCUAUGACGUUAUAUCUAAUUCACCAUGGAGAUAGUUAAUUAUUUGCCAAAACUAGGGUUUUAUGAGUAUUUUAAAAAUCUACAUUUAGAUUUUUGUUUUUGUGACGAGGUAUUCAGUAAGAAGACUAUAAUAUUAAGUAAAUGCAGUUAUGUUUUAAAAACUUGAUUAUAUACCCCUUUCCCAGCCAAGACACUUAUACCUAUUUUAAAACAAAAUGGAAGAAUGUCCAAUACAAUAUUCUCUUUCUGGAGGCUUCCUACAAGUGAAAGCAGAUAUUGUGUCAUUUUAUUUGGCCUUUGCUUGUCUUUGAUGUAUUUCUUUAUGUAUUUUUCAAAUAAAUACUACUAUAGAUUUAUCGUCUUGGAUUUGCAAGUAUGCCUGUCGAGAGAACUGAAAUGGUCAUAGUAUUUAUCAGAAAGAGGAAGUGUACUUAAGAUUAUUUUACUUAUUUAGAUGAAAGGCUUCUAUAUAAAUGCACUGAAAUAAAUGCUAGUAAUUUCUUGUAUUCCCACUUCUUUUUUUGCUUCUCAUGGAAAUGUUUGUACUUUUUUAUCAUUGUCUUUUAUGAAAUAUAAUGUUCUAAAGAA